AUGACUUUCAUUGUCCUGGUUCCUGUAGGAAAUGGUGUUCCAGCAAGGCCUAAGAGCAUCCACCAACACAGCCUUUCUGUGGCCCAAGAUAAAUAUCUGGGCCUUGGGGAAGGGGAAAGUAGUCACAGCAGCAGCUUCCAGGUUCAAGUGGACUUAGGAGUUAGCAGUACUGUGAACAGGUUUGCUGAUGAGACCAAAUUACUGAGUGCAGCUGAAGCAAGGGACUUCAUAGAACUUCAAGAGUAUCUCUCCAAAUUGGGAGAACAGGCAUCAAAAUAUGCCUCUACUAGUGGACAGCUUUUGGCCUAUAACUUCCAUCAUCCUUCACUGCUGAGUAUUCUAGCUAAGCUAAGGCUUGAUGGGAGAUGUAUGGAUGUCGUAGAGGCAUCACCUUGUUAUUUGCUUAGGGUAAGAGCAAUCCGAGCAAGGAAUGUCCGGAGAGCAGAUACCUUAUCUCAGAGUGAUUGCUAUUUGAUCCUAUGGCUGCCAACUGCUUCCUCCCUUCAGUUCCGAACAAAAACUGUUCAAAACUCAAAAGAUCCAGUCUGGAAUGAAACAUUUCAUUUCAUGGUCCAGCGUAGAGUGAAAAACAUGCUGGAGCUGAGUGUCUAUGAUGAAGAUAUCUGCCAAGAUGAGCAUCUUUUCACAGUGCGCUUCGAUAUAGCUAGACUCCCACUCAAUGAAAAAGUUCUCAUGUACUUCAAUUCUGAUCCAAAGAAUAAUGAGGAGCUGGAGCUGGAGUUCGAAUUACAGAAUAGAUAUUCAAUGCAGUCUCGGCAAGUUUGUUGUACGGAAGUUGAGGUGGAGAAGAAAAAGACACAAAAAUCAAGACUAGCCCUUAUGGUGAAAGGAUCCCAUGAAGGGCAACAGGAGUUUAAUUUUGCCUCUAGUUUUGUUGCGAAACCCACACGCCAGUCCACAUUCCACUUUGCCAAAUAUAAACAUCCAACACUAGAUGUUAAACUACCAAAGGAGGAUUUAUAUUAUGCCUUUAAUAAUAGUUUUGCCCUGCAUGUGAAGGCAGAAGACUGUCAGACUGGCCUAGAUGUGCGCUUGGGAUAUGACCUUUGUCGACAGGAGCAAGAUUUCCUAUGCAAAAGGAAGAACAUUGUGGCUGGUGCUUUGAAAAAGGUUCUUGGUCUAGAAAAGGACCUGCAGGACCAUGAGGUUCCAGUACUGGCAAUCAUGACAACAGGGGGCAGUACAAGAUCACUGACAGCUCUCUAUGGAAGCCUACGAGGUCUUCAGAAGUUAAAUCUCUUAGACUGCGCUACAUACAUAACUGGUUUGUCUGGCACAACAUGGACCAUGGCAAAUUUGUACAAAGAUGCUUAUUGGUCAAAAAAGGACCUGAAUGAACAAAUCAAUGAGGUCAAAAGACAUGUGACCAAAAGCAAGCUGGAUUGCUUUUCAAUGGAGCGUUUGAAAUACUACAACAGGCAGCUGAACCAGCGGAAACAAGAGGGACAAAAGACAUCCAGUAUAGAUCUGUGGGGACUUCUUAUUGAAUAUUUAUUGAAUGAUGGGAAAGACAACCAUAAACUCUCUGAUCAACAAGAAGCAGUGAAUGAGGCCCAGAAUCCUUUGCCAAUCUACACUGCAAUCAAUGUAAAAAAGAAAUACAGCACUAUGGAUUUCAAAGAAUGGGUGGAGUUCACACCCUAUGAAGUGGGGAUAUUAAAAUAUGGAGCUUUUGUUCGCACGGAAGAUUUUGGAAGUGAAUUCUUCAUGGGCCGACUGAUGAAAAGGCUUCCAGAGACUAGAAUCUGUUACAUGCAAGGCAUGUGGAGUAGUAUAUUUUCCCUGAAUUUGCUGUAUUUCUGGAAUACAUCACACAGUUCGGAGGAAUUCUGGCACAAAUGGACACAAGAUCAAAUAGCUGAUAUUGAUGAAGAGCCACAUCUGCCUACUAGACCACAUGAGCAAAAGACUUAUCUGUACACACCUGCUGGGCCUCUGUCCAGUGCUUUUCGAGAUGUACUUACUGAUCGCCUGUCAGUUGCUCAGUACCACAACUACAUGAAAGGUCUCCAGAUGGACAAUAACUACCUGGAGAAUGACAAGUUCUGUAAAUGGAAAGAUACUGUAUUAGACUCUUCUUCACCCAAUCAGCUGACCCCAAGUGAAGACUAUUUAUCUUUAGUAGAUACUGGAUUCUUCAUCAAUACUAGUUCUGCACCUUUGCUGAGACAAGAGAGGAAGGUCGAUGUUAUCCUGCAUUUGAAUUAUAGUUCAGGAUCACAAACAAUGCCCCUGGAACAAUCAUGCAAGUACUAUGCAGAACAAGGGAUCUCAUUCCCCAAAGCUGUGGUGAAUGAAGAUGACAAACAUUUAAAGGAAUGCUAUUUAUUUGAAGAUAAAGAUAACUUGGAAGCACCGUUGUUGCUAUUCUUUCCACAAGUGAAUGAUACCUUUCGCUAUUACAAAGCACCUGGUGUAAAACGCUCUGAGUCAGAGAUGAAAGAUGGAGAAGUGGACAUCUCCAGUGACUACUCAACAUACUCAAUGACAUUCAGUAUGGAAGAGUAUGACCGGCUGGUGGAACUGAGUGAAUAUAAUAUUUUGAAUAACCAGCAACUGAUUCUGCAGACCCUGAAUAUGGCAGUGGAGCGGAAAAAACUACUCAAGAAAUAA